AUGGUGCUGCAGGCUGUGUACAAUUCAAACAAGGUCUUAUUAUGCACAAGGGGGGAAAAAACUGGGAGGGCGCAGAGUCCAGCUUUCUCCACCGAGCAGCAAACCGGCCAAAAAAGCGAGGCUCAAUCGAGGGCAGCAAUGCUUCACCAUCAGGAACAACAUCUGAACGCGGCCUACGGAGGCCCCAACAAUGGCUCCUCAUCCUCGCUUCGAAACAGGAAGUGCGACAAAGAUGGCAACUUCAACUUCCUACCUGGAAAAGAUGAUGAAAGCUUCGGAGGAGGAGGAGGAGGAGACGAGAACCGAAACCAGGUGCGUCCUCGUAACUUGGGCCCGUUAGGUCGCGACACUCCCAACUCUUCCUCCUCCUCAUCCCCCGGAUAUCAUCACAAUGCGGGGGUCACGUCGCCCCGCUCCCGCCUUCCCUGCUGGAGCACCCUGGAGCCCCUGCCGGAAAUUGAGAGCGGGGAUGACGGGUUCGGCCGAGUGCCCCCGGACGGAGCGGAGGAAAGGAGGAUGGAGGAAGAGGAGGUGAGGAUGAUGAUGAUGAUGAGCCAGAAUGAGGAGAAGCAGAGAGAGAAGCUGCAGAAUAGGAAAGGAAGCUUGGGUUUCAAAGGAAGAGAGAAAGAAGAGGAAGAGGAGGAGGAUAACGACGAAUGGGGAGACAGCGAAGACUCUGACUCUGAGUUCAGCUUCCGAUCUGACAGACUGCCCUCCCUCAACCUGGAGGGAGGAGGCGAAGGGAUGCUCAUGGGAGGAUGGGACCGCAUCGGUGUAGGGGAACCCAAAUCUAACAACCAGGAGAUUGACCUGACCAGAAACAGCAACAGAAAUCCAGCCGAGAGACACCACAGCUUCAGCCGCAAGUCGCUGACUGGAAGCAACCUGGGAAAUGUCAUGGAGGAAGGAGCAGAGGACCAAGAUGAAGAUCAGUCAUCAGACUCCGACGGCGAGCUGCCAGAGCUCAUGGACACCGUCUGGACGCUGCGGGACCGCGAGCGCUUCAAGGCCCAGGAGAUGGAGAAGCAUCAGGUACAGCUGACCAUGUACCGCCGGCUGGCUCUGAUCCGCUGGGUCCGCACUCUGCAGAGCCGUAUCCAGGAGCAACAGAACCGCCUGCAGUCCAGCUUCGACGUCAUCCUCACGCACAGGAAGGAACUGCUGCGUAUGGGCGCCGCCGUGCCCAACAACGCGGCCACCGCCACUGUCGGACAGUCGUAGAGAGAGAGAGAGAG